AAGUAUAGAUUUAUCUGCAAUUACACUUUGAGAGCUGCCAUCUCCACUAAGAUUUAGAAAGCAACACUCUUAUCAUGCAUAUGCAGGCUCUCAAGUACUUUGAUGCAUCAGACUACAACAAAUGAGCUCUAUAAAAUGAAUGGAGUGAUGAUUCGGCUGCUGCUACUUCUGCUGCUCCUCAAGCCCUUUUGUUCACCUGCACCUCGGCUUCCAGAAAAGGAUGACUGUCUGGUCGAAAAUGGCAAACUGCAACAGAAGUUAAGAACUCUUCAAGAUUUAUCCCAGUUAUAUGAACUGCAGCUUAAAGACCUCUUGGGGAAUAAUUAUCACAGACAAAAGAGCAAGUUUUUCUCUGCCAUGAGAACAACCCAGCAGGACACACUUUUGCCCACAGCUAGUGGGAGUCUCUUAGUCUAUGACGAAGAUUGUGCAAUGGUGUUUAACAGUGGAAAAACUGAAAAUGGAUACUACCGAAUUAGACCUAGAGUGGACAGAGAACCUUUCCUUGUAUUCUGUGACAUGUCAGAUGGAGGGGGGUGGACUGUGAUCCAACGGCGCAGCAAUGGAAAAGAGAAUUUCUACCGACAUUGGGAUGAUUACAAACAAGGGUUUGGACAGUUCCAGAGCAAGGAUGAUGAAUAUUGGCUGGGUAAUGAUAAGAUCUAUGAUCUACUACUUGGAGGAGAAAAUUCAUUGAAAAUUGACUUGAUGGACUGGCAUGGGGAGAGACGAUAUGCAAUUUAUGAUAAUUUCCUGAUCAACAAUGAAACGAACAAUUAUCAGAUAGGCUUUGGCACCUUUUCUGGGACUGCUGGUGAUGCUUUGUCUGGAGGGAGUAACUUUGAGAACCAGUGGUCUGCAUCGCUCAAGGGGAUGCCAUUCUCUGCUCCUGACAGGGACAAUGACAGGUUCCGAACAGGGAACUGUGCAGAAGAGAACAAAUGUGGCUGGUGGUUUAAUAGAUGCCAUGCAGCAAAUCUCAAUGGACAAUACCACAGGAAGGGGAAAUACACUGGCUCCUCAGACAACGGCGUGGUUUGGUCAACAUGGCGAGGGCUGUGGUAUUCCCUGAAAUACACAGCCAUGAAAAUCAGGCUCCCGACUUUUGUGGAUAGAGAGAGUGGAGAUGGUGAAACCGACUAACAUACUCAAGCUAUGAAUCUUAGAAAUGGCAAAUAUAAGGGGUUAUAUAUAUGCUGUCCUCCGCCCAAGUCAACUCAUUUGUAAGUGACAAGAGCACUGUGCCAGUCCAGAAGUUGCUUUUAAAUUCUUUUAAUGAAUAGAUGGCACUGUUCCAAGGUGUGGUUUUCAUGUUACACAUUUUCUUAUGUACAUAACCUGCCUUUAAAGUACAGGCUAGGGGUUGGUGGUGGGAAGAGAUGAGGUUAUGGGUGAAUCUGGCCUAGGAAGAAUGCCUUCACCUGCUCCAGGCAGAGGACGUAAUCUCAGCCUGUAGCUCACCUUGUUUUGAAAAGAAUUGCACGUGUGUCAGGAUUAUAGAGGUGAAACAAAUUGGGGGAAACUACCCUCUGUAAGCUUCCCUUUGCUUUCAAUACUCAAGUAUGUUCCUAUCCAACUGAAAACGUUUGCAAUAUUUUCAUAUAAAUAUUUUAAAUAAAUAAAUAAAUAAUUGACGGCAAAGAAUGAACCAUGUUAUUCUGCAAAGUGAAAAAGAUAUAAGCUGUUAGGAUGGAGGGCUCUAUGGAUCAAAUCUGUGAGAUUUUAAUAUAUCAGUUGUUGUUUAUUGGAUGGUGUGAACCCCACCAGACCAUUUCCAAGGAAGGGGAGAAGAUAGCAACUUUAUUCUUGGGUUGGCAUCAACUAAGCAAAGCCCUCCCUGCUAUCCUGCUCUGGCUACAUGGUUCACAUCCUGGUUCAUUUAUUCUGUAUUUGAGUCCUCCUCUUAAUUUUCCUUUUGGCUAAAAUGUAUUUCUCAAGGUGAAGGGUGGGGGAGAGAAGUGGUAACCCUCAAAUGAUGCAUAAUAAAGCAAAAUACUUGCUAUACUA